AUGUCCGAAAUUCGCAGGAAGCUCGUCAUCGUCGGUGAUGGUGCUUGCGGAAAGACCUGUCUUUUGAUCGUCUUCUCCAAGGGAACCUUCCCCGAGGUUUACGUCCCCACCGUCUUCGAGAACUACGUCGCCGAUGUAGAGGUCGAUGGCAAGCACGUCGAGCUCGCCCUCUGGGAUACCGCCGGCCAGGAGGACUACGAUCGUCUCCGCCCCCUGUCCUACCCCGACUCCCACGUCAUCCUCAUCUGCUUCGCCGUGGACUCGCCCGAUUCGCUUGACAACGUACAGGAGAAGUGGAUUUCCGAGGUGAUGCACUUUUGCGCCGGGCUUCCGGUUAUCCUGGUCGGCUGCAAGAAGGAUCUCCGGCGGGACCCCAGGGUCAUUGAGGAGCUGAGGAAGACCAACCAGCGGCCGGUCACUCCCGAGGAGGGCAUGGCGGUAGCACAGAAGAUUGGUGCCCGUCACUAUCUCGAGUGCUCGGCACGGACGGGUGAGGGCGUACGUGAGGUGUUCCAGUACGCGACGCGUGCUGCGCUCCUCAUCCGGCCCAAGGGCGCGAAGAAGAGCCACCAUUGUGUCGUGCUCUAA